AUGUCAGGCGUGUCAUCAAACAUCGCGAACUUUACCGUUCUUGAUUUCCUACGACGCGCUGAUAAAAUAAGUGCUCUUCAGUUGAUCAAAACAGAACAAGAAUAUUCAUCCGGUCUUCGCUUUCCCAAACAUCAUAAGCAUGGCAAAGUCGCACGUGGUCCCUCUUCUUCGUCAUCAUCAACAUUUAUGUAUUCGUCUCUUCGACCGGUCGAUAUCGAGACAAUAGUCGAAGGAGCCUUUGCAACUGCAUAUGAACUAAUCGAACCACUCAUUGGUAAAGAUACAUUAAAAACAAGCAAAUAUAAAACAACGGCAAGUCUUUCUAAGCUCAUCAUCAAACAUUAG